AUGAAGGUUUACUGUGUGGUGCUCUUCUUAGUAGCGAUAGUUGCUGCUGAUUUCUACAACUCAAAGUUUGACAAUUUCGACAUUCAGCCGUUGCUGGAGAAUGAUAGAAUACUUUUAAGUUACACCAAAUGCUUCCUCGACCAAGGACCUUGUGCACCUGAUGCCAAAGACUUCAAAAAAGUAAUACCUGAAGCUCUUGAAACUACAUGUGGGAAGUGCAGUCCAAAACAGAAAAAGUUGAUCAAAGAGGUCAUAAAAGCUGUAAGAGAACGCCACCCUGAAGCUUGGGAGCAACUAACCCAAAAAUAUGACAAAGGCCAGAAAUUCAAAGACUCGUUUGACAAGUUUCUUCAAGAAGAAUAA